UCUGAUACUUCACAGAGCCGCUCAGAUACUUCAUGUCAUGCUGCCAUCUAUCGUCCAUUUGCAAUAUUGCUUGAUGCUUGUCCUACUCCCAAACACUAGAGGUCCUCAUCAAAAUGAACCAUUGGUGCGAAUACUUGUGUUUUUCGUACAAGCCCUUGUCCUGAGAAAACCUUUUCAGUGUUUGUCGGAAGAGAAACUAAACAAUUACAUUAAUUUUCUUCUAUCAAUGGCUUCUACGCUCCAGCGAUACAAGUGGCUCACCAUUGAGUGACGAUGGCAGUGGCCAUGUCACGCGUCAGGGCUGCCCUGAUGCUCCACAGAGCCGUCCCUCAGCCUCAGCAGUGUCUCCUGGCGUCUCUUCAGCUGGCCAGGACAUUGGUCUGCAAGGCUGUCGAAACGCCCCCUGCAGCAGAGACGCCACCGGAGGCCGAGAAAAAUACGGAGAACAAGCUCCUGCUGGACAACCUGAAGGUGUUGGGUGUGGACGUGCCGAUGGCUCGCAAGCGUCAGCCGGGUGUGCUCAGGAGGACGGAGACUAACGAGCACGGGCUGGUGACCUUCCUGAAGGCCAAGGGCGCGGACCGCGAGACCGUGGCCAGCAUCAUCUCGCGUUUCCCACGCGCAAUCACACGCUCCAGACAGCACCUGGAGGAGCGCUGGCAGCUGUGGCGCAGCGUCUUCCAGAGCGACCAGGAAGUGGUCAGCAUCCUCCACCGCUCGCCCGAGUCCUUCUUCCGCUCCAGCGACAACGACAACCUGGAGAAGAACAUCGUGUUCCUCAGCUCACUGGGACUCGACUCCAGGGAUCUCCAUCGCUUGCUCACCACGGCGCCCAGAACCUUCUCCAACAGCGUGGAGCUCAAUCGUCAGAUGGUCGAGCUGCUGCAGGACAUCUGCCACACUCUGGGGGGCACCCAGCCCAGUAAAUUCGCCAAGGCGGUGAUCUCGAAGAACCUAUACAUCCUGAUCCGCAGUACCAAGCGUGUGGAAGCCAACGUGAAGUUUUUCCGGGAGGCGCUGGGGCUGCGCGACUCCCUGCUGCUGGCGUUCCUGCAGGGCAGCGGCGCGGACAUCCUGGACAUGUCACACGACAUCCUCAGGAGAAACUUCCGGAUGCUGCAGGAGAAGCUGACGUCCGUGGGCGGCAGCAAGAAAGACUCGAUCACCAUCAUUGUAAACUAUGCCUCCGUGCUCUACCUGUCGCCCGAGCGCCUCAGUGAGAAAGUGGACUGUCUGCUGAGGGAAGGGAUCUCGGUCGGGCAGAUUGUCCAGAAGCCAAAGGUUCUGGACUUCAGCCUGGAGAACCUGAAGUGGAGAAUGGAUGAACUGAGGAAGCUGCACUAUGACUUUGGCAUCAACGGCAUUACAGUGCUGGACACCAGUAAGAAGAGGUUUGAGGCCAAAUUGAUAAAGCUUAGUGCCCUUGAAUGAUUAUUUUAUUUAUGUUUGUCUGGAUGAAUGAUUUCAUGGUGUAAUGAAUGAGUGCAGAAUAAAAUGACUAUUUUGGGAAGCAAGUUCA